CUAGAAAGUUGGGGGUGGAGCGAAACGUGAGCGAAGAAGAAGAACGAGUGGUCGGAUGGGGAUUGAGAAAGCUGCUGGAGAAGGAGAAAUAGGAAGAGGAAGAAGAAGAAUGAGUGGUCGGGUGGGGAUGGAGAAAGCUGCUGGAGAAGGUGAAAUAGGAAGAGGAAGAGGGUUGAAAAGAUGUAGGUCAAGCAGCUCUAGAACAUCAUCAAGGUCGGAGCUGGAGGAUAGGGUGAGAACUCCUUGCAUGAUUUCCUAUCAUACUAACGGGUUUGGUCCGAUGUUGUAUGCCGUCGAUUUCGACGAGAAGAGUUCUAAGGAUAGGAAUUUUUGCAAAAAGUGCCGCAUUGAGUUGUUCAAGGAAGGAAACGGCGACCUUGGUACUGAGGGGGGGAAAGAACACAACGGCCCUCCACUACGGCGAAUCACUCCGUUGAAGCUGGGAUGGUUUCCCAGCGGGAAAAUGCUUGUUGCUCUUGGCUCCGCUGUCUACGUCCUCGGCGGUGAGAAUGAAGGUUUCUUAUCUCGCGAUGUCUACUAUUUCGAGACUGCCAAUAACAAAAGAAGUGGCGGAGCUGAAGCUGAUGGGGGCUGGAAGAAAGGCCUUAAGAUGCUGACUCCCAGAUGUAGAGGUGGAGCUCUAGCUGUUGAAGGUAAGAUUUAUGUUUUUGGUGGCAAUUAUGACUUGGGGAAGGAGAGUGAGUUGGGGAAGUGGAUAAGAGCUUGGGGGCCAUGGGGGGAAGUAUAUGACCCCAUAAAAAACGAAUGGGAGCGUCUACCUCCACCACCGUUCAACUAUGACGAUUACGAAGAAGAAUAUGUUUGCAGCGAGCUUUCCAUUGCAGCCUACGGCAGCCCUUCAGAUACGAAGAUUUUGUUUAGUGGUAAAGCUACCCAUUGCGCCUACCAUGUCAACAGUGGCACUUGGGAAUAACUAGCCUGGUCUGUGUGCAGCAGUGGCCUCAAACCAAUUGGGGUUGGCAAUUACAUGUACUACACAUGGAACGGGUAUCUCGUAGCCACCAAUAUGAAGACCCGGUUGCACUUCCGGGGGCAAAAUCAAGGGUUCCAGGCUUGGAGUGGGCAAGGGAUUAUGCGGAGAGCCACUAUUGGUUCAUUUGGCAGGGAAGGAUUUUUGUUUCUUCACCCUCGAUACUGGUCGUAGGAGCGGCCGCACCAAAGUUCGCUACGCCAAGUUUCGAGUUUCUAAACUUGUCCGUCCUCCUCCUGGAACAUCCGAUAGCAUAAUGGGCGACUUGAAGGGAUCCAUCAUGUGGAGUUUUGCUUAUAUUGUUGAUCAGCCACUUGCCCUCACGGGGCAUGGCCUCCUGCUGGAUGGAAUGCCCGUUCGGAUAAAGGAUGAUGAAGUAAAGGAGGAAGUUGCCGGAGAGGUGUCUCGUAAGCCGAAGGUGAGAAAUAAAUUGUCGACGUAUAUUAAGUUUAAGGAAGUUGACGAUGAAGUGGAGGCAGCAAUUUGAUUGCUGUAGGCCGUGAGAGUUCUUGAUACUGUGGAGGUCAGACAAGUAGGAGCUUUGCUUAAUUUAUCCUUGCAUUACCGUUUUUGUUGGUGAUCAUGCAGUAACUACUUGUAUGGUUGUCCUUUUGAGACAUAUUUAUCUUAGUGUAGGAUGCGAAUUUUAUAAGCAUGUGUAAGAUUACUAAGUAAUGCAGUAUCUAAGUUACGAAUCGGGGAAGUUAAUUACAUGUAAACCUAUCUAAGUUAUGUGGCUUCCUCUC